AUGCUGGUUCAUCCAAAGGCUCGCAUGAUGAUCGCCGUCCGAAGCGAUCGGACUCGAACCGCGGCGCACACGUGCGGACGGCCUUGCCGUGAACGCCGCCGACGCCCCAUGCGACCGCGUGGCUGGCUGGGAGCACCAGGCCCGCAGGCACCGCAGAUGGCGAGGCCCCAUCCGACCGCAGCUUGGCCUGGCGGCACCGCGAGGACGAUUCCGUUGCCAGGCGCGCCCGUGACGCCGGUGGUCUUUCCCAUCUACACCCCGCGGGCGCCCGGCGUGACGCACUCCCGCACCAACUCCGGGUUUUCGGUGCCGCGAGAGGUGCUGGCUCACGAGCACUUGCACCUCGUCCCGGAGCCACAUGAGGCGGAGCCAGUGAAGCCGAUCCUUCCAAGCAAAAAGGCCGUGGAGCCGCUGGCAGAGCCGUUGCUGAACGUGGAGGACUUGGAAAAGGGGCUGGAUCCUUCGACCUCUGUGACGGUACCGGAGGAAUCGGUUCUUUGGGCCUGGAUUCGCACACUUCUCUUGGCGCUGGCAGGUCUUGUGUUGUGGGUCUUUCCCGAACGCUGGGCCUCGGUGUUCUUGCUGCUGGCGGCGCUUUGGGUGGCACCGUUCCUGGGCCCCGCCCUGCGCGGUGGCCUCCCGCUGCCACACGUGGGGCUCCGGCGCAUGGUGGCCUCGGGGUUGGUGGACUUCGCGGGAAAGCUGGGGCACGAAGUGCUCAAGGACAAGUCCCAAUGGCUCCCGCCAGUGAUCGAUGCGGUGGGCGAGGUGGUCCCUCCCGCCUUGUCUCGGGUCAUGGAGAAGAAGGAGGAAUGGACCCCUGCUUUGACCCAACUGGUGGGCGAUGUCGUGCCAUCCGUGAUGCGCGGGGUCUUGACCAACCAUCGCGCCUGGUCCCCUGCGCUCAUGCAGCUGGUGGGGGAUGUGGUUCCGCCCGUGCUCAGCUCCGUGCUGCGCAACAGGGAAUGGACGCCCGCGCUGCUGGAGUUCGUCGGCGAGGUGGUGCCGCCGGUGAUCACCGUGGUGUUGCAGAGGCCCGAGCUGCCGCCCGCGAUCGCCGGCUUCGUCGAUUCCGCGGGGCCCAGCCUCGCCCCCGCGGUCGUGAGGCUCAUUGAUUUCAUCAUCAUGGACCCGCAGCUGAUGCAAUCCAUCAAGAAGAUGACUGACAGCAGUAUGCGAGAUGAAGCUCUGGUCAGCAACAUCAAGCUGGUCAUUGAAGAAUCCUUGAAGGAGGGCACCAUGUACCGUGCAGUGGGCCAUGGCUUGAAAGCGGCGGCGGAGCAAAGCGUGGAGAAGAUGGGCCGCAAAGCCCGGUCGAUGCUUUCGAGCUAA